AUGAAUGGCGAUUCCACCAAAUCCACAAUCCAAGAACCAAAGGACGACAUGGCCAACGCUGGCAGUCAAGCCAGUGUCAUCACAACUACCAGUGACAAGGAGCCUUCCCCAACAUUAAGCAGUAGUGUACAACGAAUGGCCGAAGAACGCGCUGCCAAAGAAGCCGCCAGAGCCAGCAUGGGACGUACAAGUUCUGCUGGGACUACUGGAACUUCUGCUGUUUGUACGAGCCUUCCUGGUGCCGUCUUGGCAAGAAGCCAACAACGACAAAAGAAUGCCAAGGAAGCACGUGUGACAGCAGCCAAAGGAAUGGAAAAUGAGACCAAGCUUGCUAAAAGAUCUGCUGCUGAAGAAGUUGCGACUGCCAGUGUCAUCACAACUACCAGCAACAAGGAGCCUUCCUCAACAUUAGGUGGUAGUGUACAACGAAUGGCCGAAGAACACGCUGCAAAAGAAGCCGCUAGAGCGAGCAUUGGACAUGCAAGUUCUGCUGGAACUACUGGAACUUCUGCUGCUAGUAUGGGCCUUCCUGGAGCCGUCUUGGCAAGGAGCCAACAACGACAAAAGAAUGCCAAGGAAGCACGUGUGACAGCAGCCAAAGGAAUGGAAAAUGAGACUAAGCUUGCUCUUACAGAAAACACAACUACACAGGGUCUCGAAAGAUCUGCGGAACAAGAGGCUGAAAAGAUAACAUCCGCUGCAAUCGGUAAUGGCAAUGCCACAGUCGAUAAAUCUGCAGUUCCAAGCAAAGCUGGUGGCCGAGGACUAAAGCGAACUGAAGAAGAAAAGGCUGCCAAACAGGCCGCCAAAGCGAGCUGUUCUGGGGUUGCCAAGGAUGCUAAUGUCGAUGCCCCUACAGCGCAUACUCCAGCUGAGGACACUGCCAAUCUUAAGAAGGGGUUGCAAGGAAAAAGAGGUCCUGUGGCCGUGCAGCCCGGAGCACAGUUUGUGGCGGCGAGCGGUAGUGCUACCGAUGCUACUGCGGGAAGCACCACAAUGAUAUCCACUACAGCACAUGUGGGGAACUCACCAAAUGCCCAUAUUAAAAAGCAUGGGCUACACCGAAGCCCACAAGCAUUUGGAGAAAAGAUCGAGGCUGCUGGUGCCAUCCAGUCGAAUUCAUCAAGUCCAGGUGAUGUGGGUGUGGAUGAAAUUCCUACCAUGGGGGGCACACCAAGACUAUCAGAAGCAAAUGGACAGGGCUUCACCAGUGCUGGGGAUACAGCAACAUCCUCGGUGGUCGUCUCAGCCAACAUAUCUGCGCAAACCAACAUCAAGCAUGGACUACGUCAAAACGCUUCAGAGUUUCAGACUAGAUCCCAAAGAGGCAAAGCUAUCCCAGUGACUUCUCAGCAGCUGCUCACCAUCAACACGACCAGCACUCUUACCAGCAGCGUUGUCACAUUGAGGGGUCUCCGGAAAAAUCAGGCUGUCACUUCUCAAACCGAGUCGACAGUAGUCGAAGGUCCAAAGGAAUCUUCUGUAAAUGAAGAUUUGGAAGCUGGUUCGGGACAAGACACUCUGCCACCUCAAAUGAUUUCAGAAACCACUACUAACAAUGACCCCAAUGCUGGACUGGUAGAAGCGAGGCCAGUACUAGAUGGCUCCGAUUGCCCCAUCCUUCCAGAAGCUCAAGAAGUGGAUGAUGCAGGCUUAGAAGCAGAGCUGGAAGCAAAGCGCAUAAAGGAACAAAAAGAAACAGAAUGUCGAAGAUAUGGCAUGUGCUAUUACAAGGAGCGCAGGACAUCAUUUGAGGUUGAGCCAUGCAACUCGGACAGAAGAUUUCAAAGCCUUACACUCGCAAACUUGCAGCUUAGCGGUUUAGCCCCAACUAUUCCACCUGAGAUAGAGCUUCUAACUGACUUGGUUGUCUUGGCGUUGCCCUUGAAUGACAUCAGUGGUUCUUUUGAUGACAUCUUGCCAUCUGAGCUGUUCACCAAAGAAUUAAAGGCACUGAAUCUUCACAACAAUGAGCUCACAGGGAAACUGCCAACUGAAAUUGGUCUGCUGACAAGUUUGACAGAUCUGACUCUUAGUAUGAACUCCUUCUCUGGGAGUUUGGCAACCGAGCUUUUGCUUCUGAAAAACAUGGAGAGAUUCUUCAUUCAAGAGAAUUCAUUCUCAGGUUCCUUGCCAAGUGAGCUUGCGCUCAUGUCCAACAUGAAAAUACUUGCCUUCAAGCAGAAUGGCUUCAUAAGUAGCAUACCUACUGAGCUUGGGGCUUUGGACAGCAUCGAGGUUUUGUCUAUUGAUUACAAUGCAAUCACUGGCUUUCUUCCAACUGAGCUUGGUCUUAUGACCAGCUUGACUGAACUGUAUGUUUAUGUCAACUCUCUCAAUGGCACAAUACCGUCUGAGCUUGGAAGGCUAACCAGGUUGGAAGAUUUGAGGAUAUAUCAAAAUGCCUUUAGUGGCUCUUUGCCAAGUGAGAUUGGGCUGAUGACAAGCCUGACUGGCUUCCAGCCUGCCGAAAACUCUCUGACUAGUACCAUCCCUUCUGAGCUGGGAAGACUGACCAGCUUGGAAAAACUGUACUUGUUUCAGAAUGAUUUCACAGGUUUUUUGCCGAGUGAGCUUGGUCUUAUGACCAGUAUGAAUGAUUUUCAGCCUUCUGUGAAUUCCUUCAGUGGUACCCUUCCAUCAGAGCUUGCAAGGAUGACUGGCCUGAAAAGAAUGUCCAUGUAUCGCAAUGCUUUCACGGGCCCUUUACCAAGCCAGCUAGGACAGAUGACCACCAUGACAAAGCUGCAGAUUUAUGGGAACUCUUUCAAUGAGAGCAUGCCAUCUGAGCUUGGAAGGUUGAAGAACCUGGAAGAACUAUCCCUUUAUGAGAAUUCCUUCACAGGAUCUCUUCCAACUGAGCUUGGGCUGAUGUCCAGCAUGACUGAGCUUGAUGUCCAUGCGAACUCUCUCAGUGGCAGGUUGCCAUCUGAGCUCAGAAGUUUGGCUAAAUUGGAAAAACUGCACAUACAUGAGAAUGCUUUCACAGGAUCUCUGCCAAGUGAACUUGGACUGUUGAGUCAGUUGGAGCAAAUGUACAUUUAUGACAAUGCAUGUGCUGCGUCUCUGCCGAGUGAAAUUGGGAUGUUGACACAACUGGAAAGGAUGUACCUACAUCUUAAUGCACUCACUGGAACGUUGCCGAGUGAGUUUGGUCUCCUGACCAACAUGAAGGAUUGUCUUGCCUUUCACAACUACUUAAAUGGCAGCAUACCAUCUGAGAUCGGAGGACUAACAAGUUUAGCGAGGCUGCACCUUUGGGAGAAUGACUUCACUGGUACCUUACCAAGCGACAUUGGGCUCAUGACACGCAUGACUGAUUUCCAGCCGGCCCUAAAUGCUUUUGGUGGCCCCAUCCCAUCUGAGCUUGGGCUUUUGACAAGCUUGGAAGACCUACGAAUUUUCCACAAUGCGUUCCAAGGAUCUUUACCAACCGAGCUUGGGCUGAUGACAAGCAUGAAAGAGUUUCAUGCUUAUGAAAACUCCUUGAAUGGUACCCUUCCAUCAGAGCUGGGCAGGCUGGGCAGUUUAGAACACAUGGAAAUUCACGAAAAUGCUUUCACGGGCCCUUUGCCAACAGAGCUUGGACUGAUGACCAGCAUGACUGAGCUUGAUGUUCAUGAGAACUCUCUCAGUGGCACUUUUCCAUCUGAGCUAGGAUGUUGA